GGACGUUGAUCACGCAGGGCCACCGUACAGCAGAAGGAUGACGUGCGAUUGAAAACAAUCGAAUUUCCGGAAUCCAUCGUCGAUUAGCAUGUUUUUUUUCGUUUUCUUCAAUUUAAACAAAAAUCUGGAGACAACUACCCCAUGUUCAUGAAGUGCUGUCAGCCUUUUGGUAAUAACGUUUUUAAUCAAUAGUACUGUAUUUUGCAAAAUAUUCCAUUAUUGACUUGUAACAAGGCUUGUACCAGUAUCAUGUUAGCUAGCUAUUUUUUUUAGCAAGCCUGAUACGACCCCAUUUUUGUCUGAUACCUUGUCUGUUACCUAGUCGAAUUUUGAGAUGUGACCGUUUUAUUGAACCCAUGUUGCACUCUUCUGCGCUGGACGGUCUUCGCCACUUGGUUGUUAGCGAGCUGGAGGAGCUGUCACUCUUAUUGGUCAGAGAAACCGAUACGCGAUGUGUCAGUGAUAGACAUGGCAUAUUUCUACCCACUUAUUCUGAAUAACAGGGCUUUCUGAAGAGAUUCACUUUAGGAUCACACACACAGUCCUGACUUGCUCCCACAUGCACAGAUGUUUGGUGCAGAUCCCACUGUGAAUUGAUCUGUGAAAAAGACACACAAGCAGUAUGUCGGAGAACCUCGUCCUCACCUUCCAGACCCAGCUCUCGGGAGUCAUGGAGACGGUCCUAAAGUCAGCCAUGUAUGAGAUCACCAGACUGGUGGAGGAUGGCUUCCUGGAGGAGGUAAGACGUGGUCAACAGGAAGUGACACGGAGCCACCAGGAAGUGGAGUCUCUGCGGAUCUUGCUGCAGCGGGCAGAGAGUCAGCUGAAGGAUGUCAGUCAGAGGGCCAGGUGUGGAGACUGUGGCAGGACAGAUGUCUACAACGAGGAAACAGACGACAGACCUCCAGGAGUACAGGACAGUGUGCUUCUGCUGAGCGGGUGUGACCUGAAGCUGGAGGAGGAGCCAGAGGUCAGGUGGAGAAGCUGUGGACAGGAAACAGUGGAGUCAUCACAGGUAGCAGCUAAACCAACUCCUCCAGCUCCCAGUCCUUCGCUGGUAGGCAGUGUUAAGGAGGAGGAAGGGGAGGAGGACAUGGAGCCGUGGAGAAUCAAGGUGGCCAUACAGCCGUCUGCAGCUUACACCUACACAGAGGAGCAGCGGGACUCAGACACACUCGUUCAGAGUACAGGGGACUCUAUUGGGUUUCCCUCUGCAGACCCAGAGGUCCAACAGGUCACCCAGACACCCAGACUAGCAGGGCCAUCUCAGAACCAGAGCAGAGGACCCAGCAAUGACGGUGACAGAACGAGGAGUAGAGCCUCACCGGUGUGGAUAGGCCAUAGAAUAUUAGACACGGAUACUGACGUUAACAGACAAGCUCAGUCGAACCUACGACUGGUAAGAGAGCCUCUGUCGUCCUCUGAAUCGGCAGAGGCGAAGCAGCUAGCUAGAGAUUUCGCUCCCCCAACCAAUCCCAGCACAGCGGGGGCCUCUGUCUCCUCCUCAUCGGGCUGUCAUGUCUUCAGCUCUCUAAACUACAGGAUUCCUUCCAAAUAUAAGCCCAGCGCUCAAACCCUGCCGCGCAUGAGAGUAUACAGGGAUGCUGCCAAGCGGGGCGGCUACCCAAUGUACAACAGGGGGACCGCCCAGGGAGGGCUCACCUCCUCCCAAACACCAACCCAACAAGGGAACCACCAGCAUCACCACCCUGGGAGGCUGGCCCUCCGCUGCCCAGUGUGUGGUAAGGUCUUCCCCCAUCCCAGUAGCCUUAAGGCCCACCAGCAGACCCACACGGGGGAGAGGCCGUUCAUCUGCGCCCUGUGUGGCCGGAGCUUCACUAAGUUAAGCAACCUGAAGGCCCACCGGCGCGUUCACACUGGGGAGAGACCCUACAGCUGCUCGGACUGCGGCAAACGCUUCACACAGAAGUGCAACCUUAAGAGGCACCAGAGGAUUCACAUGGAGAAUGAUAUAUGAUGUGGGCGGGGUGG